AUGCUGGAAUGUCGUGUAAUAAUAUAAAUACAAGUAAGCCCUCUGUGAUCCGGAUAAUUAACUUGGAAAGAACAAAGAUGAUUGCGUGUUUAUGUAUCAUCUUCACCCUCGUAAAUGUUGCCUUUAGUCAACCGAAUUUUUACACUCAUGGUCGAUAUGGUAAACGGGAAGAGACCCCACCAACAGCCGGUGAAGUAAACUUCAACUUUGGAAGCAGAUACGGACGAGGCGAAAAUAUUGAACUGAAAGCAACAAACGAUAAAUCCAAUGAACUAAUGGCACGAGUUGAUCGUUUUUACCUUGGAAGUCGGUAUGGAAAACGAGAAAGCAACAAUAACAAUUUAUUUGGUAGCAGUAAUGGAGAAAAUUUCAUCGAUUUAAAUAAUAUUCAAGAUGUUUUGAGAUAUUUUUAUCGCUUGCAACGGCGUACCAAACAGUUACCUAGAGAUGAUGUUGACUACAUUGAUGGUGAAAAUUUCAAGAGCAAAAAUGAUCAAUACAUUUUCCAUAAAGACAAGUUUAUCAAGUGGAAACCAUCAAUACCUAAGAUUGAUUCUGCUGUCCCAAUGAGCUCCUGUGAACAA